GAAACCAAUCACCGGCAGCGCGGGACAGGAACUCGACAUGGCCCGCCCGGGCGUCGCCGUGCUCGCGUUCCUCGUGGCGGCAGCGGCGGUCGCGUGCCUCCCGGCGCCGGCCUCGGCGGGCGCCGCCGACUUGGGCGGGCUGGACGCCCUGGUGGCGCGCACGGGCGGCGGCAAGGCGGCUUGCGCGGGCGCCGUAGGGGAGUGCGGCGUGGACGAGGACGAGGAGCUGGGCCUGGGCGGCGCGAGCGACGCGCUGCGGCGGACGCUGGCGCAGCGGCAGCCGACGAACCGGUACAUCAGCUACGCGGCGCUGCGCGCGAACCAGGUGCCGUGCAACCAGCGCGGGAAGUCCUACUACACCAAUUGCGCGUCUCAGAAGCCCGCCAACCCCUACCGCCGAGGCUGCUCCGCCAUCACGCGCUGCCAACGGAACACGAACUGA